UUGUUUUCAUUCCCCCUGUCACACGAGGCAGUGGCAGGCCCAAAGGGGAGGGGAGAAAGGGGCGGAAAGAGGGUGGAAAGUGAAAGGCGCAGAGGGCCUCUCUGUCUCCCGUCUGACUCGGUUCUCGACUGCUCCGGGCCGCCGAUGUAUUGUGGGAUCGCGGCGCUGUCCCUGAGACGCUGAUGUCCGCAGGGGAGCCCACUUGAGAGCGCCUCCUGUCGUCCGUAAGGCUGCCCUGCCAUCCCUCGGCACCCCAACUCCCCCCGCCCCCCCAUCGCCUCCUCCUCCAUCCUCCAGUUCAAAAUGGCGACGGCGGCGGCAGCGGCGGCGGCGAUGGCUCCUCCGGGCUGCCCGGGUUCGUGCCCCAACUUCGCCGUAGUCUGCUCCUUCCUGGAGCGCUACGGGCCGCUGCUAGACCUGCCUGAGUUGCCGUUCCCUGAGCUGGAGCGGGUGCUGCAGGCGCCGCCGCCGGACGUCGGCAACGGAGAAGUACCAAAAGAAUUGGUGGAGCUCCAUUUGAAGCUGAUGAGGAAGAUUGGCAAAUCUGUUACGGCAGACAGAUGGGAAAAAUACUUGAUCAAGAUAUGCCAAGAGUUUAACAGUACCUGGGCAUGGGAGAUGGAGAAGAAAGGCUAUCUUGAAAUGAGUGUUGAAUGCAAACUAGCACUCUUAAAGUACCUCUGCGAGUGUCAGUUUGAUGACAAUCUCAAAUUCAAGAAUAUUAUUAAUGAGGAGGAUGCUGAUACUAUGCGUCUCCAGCCAAUUGGGCGAGACAAAGAUGGCCUCAUGUACUGGUACCAAUUGGAUCAAGAUCACAAUGUCAGAAUGUACAUAGAAGAACAAGAUGAUCAAGAUGGCUCUUCAUGGAAAUGCAUUGUCAGAAAUCGAAACGAGUUGGCUGAGACUCUUGCACUCCUGAAAGCACAAAUUGAUCCUGUACUAUUGAAAAACUCUAGCCAACAAGACAACUCUUCUCGGGAAAGUCCCAGCUUAGAGGAUGAGGAGACUAAAAAAGAGGAAGAAACACCUAAACAAGAGGAACAGAAAGAAAGUGAAAAGAUGAAAGGUGAGGAGCAGCCUAUGGAUUUAGAAAACUGUUCUACAGCCAAUGUUCUAGAAGAGACAACUGUGAAAAAAGAAAAAGAAGAUGAAAAGGAACUUGUGAAACUGCCAGUGAUAGUGAAGCUAGAAAAACCUUUGCCAGAAAGUGAAGAAAAAAAGAUUAUCAAAGAAGAAAGUGAUUCCUUCAAGGAAAAUGUCAAACCCAUUAAAGUUGAGGUGAAGGAAUGUAGAGCAGAUCCUAAAGAUACCAAGAGUAGCAUGGAGAGGCCAGUGGCGCAGGAGCCUGAGAGGAUCGAAUUUGGUGGCAAUAUUAAAUCUUCUCACGAAAUUACUGAGAAAUCUACUGAAGAAACUGAGAAACUUAAAAAUGACCAGCAGGCCAAGAUACCACUAAAAAAACGAGAAAUUAAAUUGAGUGAUGAUUUUGACAGUCCAGUCAAAGGACCUUUGUGUAAAUCAGUUACUCCAACAAAAGAGUUUUUGAAAGAUGAAAUAAAACAAGAGGAAGAGACUUGUAAAAGGAUCUCUACAAUCACUGCUUUGAGUCAUGAAGGGAAACAACUGGUAAAUGGAGAAGUUAGUGAUGAAAGAGUAGCUCCAAAUUUUAAGACAGAACCAAUAGAGACAAAGUUUUAUGAGACAAAGGAAGAGAGCUAUAGCCCCUCUAAGGACAGAAAUAUCAUCAUGGAGGGAAAUGGAACAGAGUCCUUAAAUUCUGUCAUCACAAGUAUUAAAAUAGGUGAGCUUGAGAAAGAAACAGCCCCUUUGAGGAAAGAUGCAGAUAGUUCAGUAUCAGCCUCAGAGAUCCAUGGUCAAAAAACACAAAUAGAGGAAUCUGGUCCUCCAGUAUUGGAAUCUUCUCUUGAGUCUUCUGAGAUGGCAAAAGAUCUAUCUUUAAAAACUGCUUUAUCUACCACUGAGUUGUGUACCAUGAAAGUUGAAGAGAAGUCUCCCAAAACUAGGAAGGAUAAGCGCCCACCAAUCCUAGAAUGUCUUGAAAAGUUAGAGAAGUCCAAAAAGACUUUUCUUGAUAAGGAAACACAAAGAUUGAGCCCAAUACCGGAAGAAGUUCCAAAGAGUACUUUAGAGUCAGAAAAGCCUGGCUCUCCUGAGGCAGCUGAAACUUCUCCACCAUCUAAUAUGAUUGAUCACUGUGAGAAACUAGCUUCAGAAAAAGAAGUGGUGGAAUAUCAGAGUACAGAUUCUGUUGGUGAUCAGUCUGUGAAAAAAGGAGACCCAGAAAUCCUAAAAGAGGAUUCUGAGUUCACCAAGUUAGAAAUGGAUAAUCUGGACAAUGCCCAGACCUCUGGCGUAGAGGAGCCUUCUGAGACGAAGGGUUCUAUGCAAAAAAGCAAAUUCAAAUAUAAGUUGGUUCCUGAAGAAGAAACCACUGCCUCAGAAAAUACAGAGAUAACCUCUGAAAGGCAGAAAGAGGGCAUCAAAUUAACAAUCAGGAUAUCAAGUCGGAAAAAGAAGCCCGAUUCUCCCCCCAAAGUUCUAGAACCAGAAAACAAGCAAGAGAAGACGGAAAAGGAAGAGGAGAAAACAAAUGUGGGUCGUACUUUAAGAAGAUCUCCCAGAAUAUCUAGACCCACUGCAAAAGUGGCUGAGAUCAGAGAUCAGAAAGCUGAUAAAAAAAGAGGGGAAGGAGAAGAUGAAGUGGAAGAAGAGUCAACAGCUUUGCAAAAAACUGACAAAAAGGAAAUUUUGAAAAAAUCAGAGAAGGAUACAAAUUCUAAAGUAAGCAAGGUAAAACCCAAAGGCAAAGUUCGAUGGACUGGUUCUCGGACACGUGGCAGAUGGAAAUAUUCAAGCAAUGAUGAAAGUGAAGGAUCCGACAGUGAAAAAUCAUCUGCAGCUUCAGAAGAGGAAGAAGAAAAGGAAAGUGAAGAAGCCAUCCUAGCAGAUGAUGAUGAACCGUGCAAAAAAUGUGGCCUUCCAAAUCAUCCUGAGCUAAUUCUUCUGUGUGACUCUUGCGAUAGUGGAUACCACACUGCCUGCCUUCGCCCUCCUCUGAUGAUCAUCCCGGAUGGAGAAUGGUUCUGCCCCCCUUGCCAACAUAAACUGCUCUGUGAGAAAUUAGAGGAACAGUUGCAGGAUUUGGAUGUUGCCUUAAAGAAGAAAGAGCGUGCUGAACGAAGGAAAGAACGCUUGGUGUAUGUCGGUAUCAGUAUUGAAAACAUCAUUCCUCCACAAGAGCCAGACUUUUCUGAAGAUCAAGAAGAAAAGAAAAAAGAUUCAAAAAAAUCCAAAGUAAACUUGCUUGAAAGGAGGUCAACAAGAACAAGAAAAUGUAUAAGUUACAGAUUUGAUGAGUUUGAUGAAGCAAUUGAUGAAGCUAUUGAAGAUGAUAUCAAAGAGGCUGAUGGAGGAGGAGUUGGCCGAGGAAAAGAUAUUUCCACCAUCACAGGUCAUCGUGGGAAAGACAUCUCUACUAUUUUGGAUGAAGAAAGAAAAGAAAAUAAACGACCGCAGAGGGCAGCUGCUGCUCGAAGGAAGAAACGCCGGCGAUUAAACGAUCUGGACAGUGAUAGCAACCUGGAUGAAGAAGAGAGCGAGGAUGAAUUCAAGAUCAGUGACGGAUCUCAAGAUGAGUUUGUUGUAUCUGAUGAAAACCCAGAUGAAAGUGAAGAAGAUCCACCAUCUAACGAUGACAGUGACACUGACUUUUGUAGCCGUAGACUGAGGCGACAUCCCUCUCGGCCAAUGAGGCAGAGCAGGCGUUUGCGAAGAAAGACCCCAAAGAAAAAGUAUUCUGAUGAUGAUGAAGAAGAGGAAUCUGAGGAGAAUAGUAGAGACUCUGAAAGUGACUUCAGUGAUGAUUUUAGUGAUGAUUUUGUAGAAACUCGGCGAAGGCGGUCAAGGAGAAAUCAGAAAAGACAAAUUAACUACAAAGAAGACUCAGAAAGUGAUGGUUCCCAGAAGAGUCUGCGACGUGGUAAAGAAAUAAGGCGAGUCCACAAACGAAGACUUUCCAGCUCAGAUAGUGAAGAGAGCUAUUUGUCCAAGAACUCUGAAGAUGAUGAGCUAGCUAAAGAAUCAAAGCAGUCAGUUCGAAAGCGGGGCCGAAGCACAGAUGAAUAUUCAGAAGCAGAUGGGGAGGAGGAAGAGGAAGGCAAACCAUCCCGAAAACGGCUACACCGUAUUGAGACGGAUGAGGAGAGUUGUGACAAUGCUCAUGGAGAUGUAAAUCAACCUGCCCAUGACAGCCAGCCCAGGGUCCUGCCCUCAGAACAAGAGAGCACCAAGAAGCCCUACCGGAUAGAAAGUGAUGAGGAAGAGGACUUUGAAAAUGUGGGCAAAGUGGGGAGCCCAUUGGACUAUAGCUUAGUGGACUUACCUUCAACCAAUGGACAGAGUCCUGGCAAAGCCAUUGAGAACUUGAUUGGCAAGCCUACUGAGAAGUCUCAGACCCCCAAGGACAGCAGCACAGCCAGUGCAAGCCUAGCCUCCAAUGGGACAAGUGGUGGGCAGGAGGCAGGAGCACCAGAAGAGGAGGAAGAUGAGCUUUUGAGAGUGACUGACCUUGUUGAUUAUGUCUGUAACAGUGAACAGUUAUAAGACUUUUUUUCCAUUUUUGUGCUAAUUUAUUCCACGGUAGCUCUCACACCAGCGGGCCAGUUAUUAAAAGCUGUUUAAUUUUUCCUAGAAAACUCCACUACAGAAUGACUUUUUAGAAGAAAACUUUCAACAAAUCCUGAAGUCUUUCUGUGAAGUGACCAGUUUUGAACUUUGAAGAUAAAUAAUUGCUGUAAAUUCCUUUUGAUUUUCUUUUUCCAGGUUCAUGGUCCUUGGUAAUUUCAUUCAUGGAAAAAAAUCUUAUUAUAAUAACAACAAAGAUUUGUAUAUUUUUGACUUUAUAUUUCCUGAGCUCUCCUGACUUUGUGAAAAAGGGUGGAUGAGAAUGCAUUCCAAAUCUGUGAGGGCCCAAAACAGAAUUUAGGGGUGGGAGAAAGCACUUGUGCUUUAGCUUUUUCGUAUUAAAUAUAUAUUAUAUUUAAACAUUCAUGGCAUAGAUGAUGAUUAGCAGACAGUUUAAAAGUUCAAGUCUGUACUGUUACAGUUUGAGAAUUAUAGAUAACAUCAUACAUAAGUCAUUUAGUAACAGCCUUUGUGAAAGCAACUUGUUUACUCUUGGAGAUAACCACACUUAAUAAAGAAGAGACGGUGAAAGUACCAUCAUAAUUAACCUAAAUUUCUGUUAUAGCGGAGUUUGUUUAAAAAAAAAAAUAAAAUCAUCUGAAAAGUAUUUGUAUAGUAAAAUGUAUAAUGAAGCUUUGCCAUCCAGACUGUGCUAGCAAAAGAUUUUUUAAAAUACCUUUAUGCAGUGGUAACAAGGUGGCCUCAAAUAUAUUAUGUCUGAUGGAGAGUUAUUAGUGAAAUGAAUGUGGUCUUAGGCCUGAGUGGACUGUAAACUUUGCCAAUAGUGUAACUAUUGUCUUCUGGCCACUUGAUGUUUAAAUAUCUGAUCAUUUUGAAAAAAAUACAUCUAUAUAUAACAUACAUGAAGAGAUGCUAAGCUGACAGUGAUAUUUUAGCACAUUUGAAGACUGGGAAGAGAUUUUCAGGUGAAUUUUAACUGGUCUGUUCUUGCCCUUAGUAUCUACUUCAAAUUGAAGUCUACAAACAAAGCAGUUCCUUUGGGAGGUUUUUAGUUUGAGUUUAGCGCGCGCGUAUGUGUGUGUGUGCGCGUGUGUGUGCGCGUGUGUGUGUGCGUGUGUGUUGGAAUUUCCUAUCUGCCUGGAUAUAUUAAUAGAGUUUGAAUGUAGUUUUGGCCUUUGGCCAUUAGACUUCUAUUAAAAUUCGUUAAUAGUCAUACAACCAACAUAGAGUUGAAUGAGAACUGCCAAUGUAAUUGAUAGGCAUGACAUCCAUUUCAAACAUCUCAACACUUCAAAGAAAGAUAAGCCCUUUGUUUCAGGAAAAAGGGGUUUGUAACUAACUAAAUACCUAACAUGUAAUUGACACUAAAAUAUGAACUUUGUCUUACUUAGUUUCUGUUAUAGCUGUAAAAUUUCAGGCAGAGCCAUAACAUUGUACAGAGUGUAGCACUUGUGAUUAAACCUAGCCUGUUAAAUUCUGAAACCUUCAACCAUUAUUUCUGUGAAUACUUUUGCCCUGGGAUUUGGGUUUUUCUGUUCCAGUGUUGUGUCUGUUGCCGGCAACGGACACGCCAUAUCUGCUGCUGGCCCAAGGAACGUCAUUAAUUUUUCUUUACAAAUUAAGUAUUAUGUGCUAGUCAGUGUAUAUAGUAAAGCACUUCUCUUUUUUAUUACUAAAAAGCUGGCAUUAGAUUUGCAUUAUAAAUACCUCUCUAGGAACUUUAUACUCCUCCUUUUUCCUUCUUCAACAGGUAUUGCCCUUAAAUCUUAUCUGUUGGCCUUGAAAGUUUAUAGCUAUUGUUUUUCAGUUGUUGGUUGUUUUGUUUCACUUUAGUUCCGUAGUACCUGCCCAUUAAUAUUUUUGCUUUAAUUCUAGCAAUGUGUAUGUAUCUGUAAAAAAAAUAAAAUAAUGAAAGCAGCCUAAAAAUAGGAUGCACCAAUAGCAUGUGGUUCCAAGUAAAUUGUGAAUUUUAUUUUGAGAAGUAUUCCACUGGAAGGGAGGGAAAGGCUUACAUUCACAGACAGUAAAGCAGGGCUGUGGAAGGAGCUGCAUUCACUUCCAGUUGCCUUUCCAGCUAGGUUUGUUUUAUUUAUUUGCAAGUCAGCUAAGAAUCUUUUAAACUAAAACAGGCAAGCAAUAGAAAGAUUUCUACUAGUGCAAGGUAAGUGGUUUAAAUGUACAGGUGGCCUUUCCUGCCACCUAGACUCGCUCUACCGUUUUAAUCCUGCAGCUGGGUAAAGCCACUGUUGUGUAGAAACUCUCCUGUGUGCCCUGUCUCUACCUCUGGACACACCAGCUCCUUUUUCCACCUAUUAGUUAUAUUCCUGACUUAAGCCAAGUGAUGAGAAGUAGUAUUAAAUGGGUAGAUAAUUAAUUUUAACAGAUGCAUAAUGUGAAAUAAGGCAUUCUUUCUACCCUUCUGCUACAGAAAGUCUAAGGUAAUUUUUACCUUCGCAAAGACUCAGUAUUCCAAUUAUCAAAUGUCCCACUGACAUGGGUUUGGAGACCACUUGUGCUGCCUGAUAUUUACCAAACUUGAAUAAGUGUUUGUUAACUUGAUAGUGAAUGUAUGCCUUCUCACCUUAUAGUUUGAUUAAAUCAAUUAGCUAUAGCUCAUCUACCAAGAAUGUAAUCCAAGUGGUUGAUAAAUACAAAUUAUGCAGAUUAACUGAUUAUUGGUGAUUAAACUUUGAGCAGUUCAAAAACAGUUCUGCUGCUUGGAGUUUGGAUUCAGUCCCUCAAAGAGUUUGUGUUCACUGAAGUACACUCAGAAGGUACUCUGAAGAAGUUUAAAAAAAAAAUUUAGGGAACGAAAUUUUCUGUAUACCAAGACAAUACAGUCACUAGGAACUGCAGAAAGUAUAGAUCUAGAGUUUAGACAGUCUUGGAUCUUCAGUUAGAGCACUAACCAUGGAUUUAGAUACACAAUAGCUGCUAUAUAGUAGAGCCCUUUAAUAAUUUAAACCACCUUUUUCGAAAUACAUGUUGGACUCCCAAUGUCAAAUACUAGUUGGACUCUAGAGCAAAUACAUUAAGGGGAGAUAUAGAUGAAUAUUCAGUAUAUUUAGUUUGUGAUUUCUGUAAAGGUUUGAAAACUAGUCAGUUUUUCACAAAGCAGAAGCUUUGAACCGAAAUACAUGUGAAAAGGACUCAGACUAAAAAACAUUUUGGUUUUGUGCAUCAGUGCUGAUGAAAUAGUGUUUAGUGUAAAAAAUUUUUCCAUUAUUGGCACAUUACUGCAAAAUGAUGGAAAGAUUUUCAAGAAUGUACAUUAAGUUGUAUUUCCUCAACAUCCUUUUUUCAGUGGGUCAAUGUCACAGAUUCAGAGGACAAAGGGGAGUUUCAUUUAGAAUAAAUUUGUGUCUACUGGUAAUCUAUGUAAAAGGAAUCUGCCAAAGAACCAAAAACUUUGAAAACUAAUGAAGCUUUUGAAAAAUAAUUUUUAAACGAAUUAAUUUUAAAAGGGUAUUACACAUACCGUUUUUACUUUUUGGUUGAUGAAACCCAUCCCAUAAUAUACAUUUGAGCAAAGUACAUAUAUUAAGAAAAAUAUGGACAUUUACUUGUUUAAGUUAACCAUCAAAAUGAUGAGGAAAUUUUAGCUGUUUUUAAGUGGGAUUGAGGCAGUGUCCUUGGUCGCAAGGAAUGCUUUGUUAGCUUGUUUGUGGGCUUGAGAGAUGUUAACCAUUUUUGAUAGUUUGUUCCACCACACAACUGUAAAGAACCUAAUGAAUCGACAAGUUUAAUAUUCAGAAAAAGUUACGAGCUCCACUCUUCACCAACACAGUGGAACAGAUCCAUUAUUCAAGGUGAUGCCUCACAGCUAUAGAACAACUACUCAGAGACCCAGAUUUAAAUGGUACAUGUGUAUAUGUGUGUGUGCGCACACACUUCAGAUAAGUACCCAAAUAAAUAAAAUUAAUUCAUCAUAAACUACUGAAAGAAAUAAGAUGGCUGCAUUGCAACUGAUAGAAAUAUUAUGAGCAUCAUUUAAUUACAGGAAAUCUAGAUAAGUUUCUCCUGUUGUUUGACAUUCUCAAAAUAUAUUCCUGGUUCUCCAAGAAGCAGAGAAUGCCAAUACUGCGCAUCUGCUGUAAUAUACCUAGUCCUCUUCUGCUUAGUGAUCCGUUAUUGAAUCUUCUUAGAUUAAAAUCCAUUCCUAUUUUAUCUACCUUUCUCAAAAUGUGUACCUGUAAGCCUACCUUGGCAGUGGUGAGCUGAUUUUUUGUGUCGUUUUUAUACCAAUCCUGAAGGUCAAAGUCUUUUGCUAUCAAUGUAUUUAAACUGAGUUGCUAUAUGUUCACUUAAUUUGUUUUUAAAGUAUUUUGCUCCAACUUAAAUUAUCUUUUAACAUCUUUUGAGUGCCAAGAAUUGCUAAGACUUGAAGACAGUAAUUUCAAGUAAGCAAGCAGUCAUAAGCCAAAUAUAGUGAGCUUAGUAUGUAACCACUUUAUACACUCACCACUUUUUGUAUUCAUUCAAAUCGUCCUGGAAGUUGGUUAGAAUAGGAUCCCAUUUGUGGAAUUUUUUCCCUCCUUUUGGACAUGUGAGCACAAUUUUUUUUUUUUUUUUUCAUUUUGUAUUUAUACCACUUUGGAAAAUUCAGUAAGCCCAAUUCUGGCACAUUGUUGUGGUUUCAGUUAAUUAAGAUGUUUUUAUUUUAAUAACUUUAAAAUAUGACUAUCCUAUACAUAAGCUAUAUGAGAGGCCAUAACAAUAGGUGAGUAGAAAUUUAUUAAACUUCUUGGCUAUUUAGAAUGAGAAAAAACAUUUUUAAAAGAAUUUUUUUUCCCCAAACCAGUACAAGCUAGAAAGUGUGCUAAGGACUGAAUACUUGCCUUGUGCUUUUUGCCACUGGAUGAUGUAAGUUGAGAAUGGAAUUUUUAAUCUUAACUAUAUAUUUUCUUGACUUUCAUCAGUUUCUAAAGAAAUCUAAUGUAAGUGUUUUGGGAUUUUGUUUGAUCUGUAUUUAUUGAGUUCUGGUCAUAGACCAGCAGCUUGCACAUCAUGCUUAUGAACAGCCAGAACACAGUUAUUGGGAACUUCAUGGCUCAAAAGCUUCUGAAUCAUUUAACUUAUUUUGUAUGUUGCAAAAAGAAAAGUUUAUUUUGAUUGAGAGUCACCAUUUUUUUUAAUAACUGUACAGCUUUUAAGGGAUGGGAGGUGGGAAAAUGCCCUAAAAUAGGAUGUAGAUUUUUUACAAUUGUGUUUAUGCUAGAUCAUCUACACGUGCAUUAUGUAAUUAAACCUAAAAUUGUUUAAAAAGUUGUGCCAUGUCUUUUUCAUUCUCCUGCCCUUGAAUUGGUGCAUGUCAACUGCUAUGUGGACAAACCUUGAAAUUAGACUAACAAGCCCUGUCUCCAAAGCUUUAAGGUCACUGCAUGAAAAUUUCACACACACACAAACAUGCACAUGCACAUACGUACAUAUAUACACACGGAUUACUUUAUCUUAGUAAAUGGAUUUUCAGGAUCAGAACAGCUACAAUCCCCAAAUUUGGCUGUUAACAGCAUAUUCUUAAUAGUGCAUGAUUUUUGUGAUGCCUAACUAGGGUAUUCUCAAUGUUAGUCUGGUGUUUUAUUCUCUUUCAAAGCAGCUUCUUGAUGAUGGUAUCUGUUGUAGUUUGCCCAAACCUGCCAUGAAGUUUUGUAUGCACUUUGAAAGAGCAUGUCCUAUGCUAAGAUGGGGUUGGAGCAGGGCUUGAUUUUAAUCUAUUCAUAUAAAAGAAGGAAAAAAACUAGGAUUGCUCUAUUCGGUUAUUCAGUGGAUUUAAUUCCAUAGGAAUAGUUGUCUGUUGAAGUGAGGCAGCAAGGGAAGUCAAAUUCAAAUUUCAGUAUCCUCCUUAUUUGAUAGGUAUUUUGAAAUCUUGUAGGACUUCUGAUUCUAGCAGUCUUUUACAUGGCACAUUUCACCAUGGUAUGUUGACAGCUUUGUUUAAUGCCAGUACGUUUCCCAUCUGAUAAUUUUGCCAUUAAUUUAUCACCUUUGUAAUACAAGUGUGUUCUUGAAUUAUAUUCAUCUGAGUGUUUCAUAAUUUCUAUCAAAGCUAUAUUCAUGUGUUGCCAGCACCCGUUUUUUGCUAUCCUCAUUCAGAAGGGAAGCCUGGGGAUCAUGAGUUUCCAUGUGAAGAAUACAAAUUUCAGAUAAGAAUUUGUAAGUGGUAUAUUUUAGAAUUUUGUUUUGAUUUAAAGUAAUAGCUGGAAAUCAGGAACUGUUUGAUCAGAAUGCCUCUUGAAUUUUCCAACAUGCUUAUACGAAAUGCUUUAUUUUCCUAUGCAUUAAAAAAAAAAAUAGUAUUCCUGGAAUAGGUUCUCAGAAUGCUUUAUUUGGUUUCUAGGAGAUGAGAUUUAAAGCAGAAGCUCCAAGGUUAGCAUAAAACUAACUCUUGAGAUAAUCAGGACCAUGCUGUUAGUUAAAUAGAAGCUGGAGUGCUAUCUGUCACAUAAGGUACUGCAUGUGUGUGGGGGUGGGGGGGCAGGGAAGAUCAGAAAACUGGAAAUGUAAUUCUGAUAACAAAGUAAAUUGUGCAUAAGAAGUAUGAGAAUUCUUGGUAGCUUAAAGCUUCAGGGGUUAACUUCAGUGUAUGAACACCUAGUGUGUUAGAAUUGCAGUGCAUAGUUGUUUAAAUACAAUAUUCCUUGUAAGUGACAACCCAAAUAUGUUGUGGCUGGUGCCAAUAUUUUUGUUAAUGAAAUGUUCAGUGUCUCACUACAGUCUGAUCAGAACUCUUGGUGUUAUAAGCCAGGCCUAAAGCCAUUUUAUAGCUAUUGGCCUAAUCGUGUAACUUUUUCUUUCAAAAUGUUUUAUUAUAAUACUUCUGUCAUUUAUUUCACUUAAUAUGUCAAUUGUCAUAAUAAAAAUUUAAAUUUGAAUUAUUUA